AACAAGUUUUACUGCCCGUCUUCUCCGAUUCAAAACCUGCUCUUCCUCCUCUCCUCUCCGUCUUCUCUGAUUCCAACAUCUUCUUCCUGCUCUGCAAAUCCCUUUGAAGAAGGUCACAGACAUUUUGAUGAUCAAUUUAAUUCGAUUUAUUCUCAAUUUCACGAAACCAUUGUCAUGAGUUUCCAUUCUCUUUCAAGAACCCCCAUGAAAACCUCAUAGCCUCCAAAAAAUGACGUCAAUCAGAACCCUAAUUCCCCCACUAACCGUUCUUAUCAAUCUAGUCGGUCUAAUAAGUAUCGCGCUAGCCCAAUCCAACCAACAAAGUCCAGAUUAUAUGAAGUUCUUAGUUAAUGCAACGCAGCUUCCUCUGGAGGAUACAUACGACUACAUAAUAGUCGGCGGCGGCACCGCCGGUUGCCCACUGGCAGCGACGUUAUCAAAAACCUACCGUGUUCUUCUUCUUGAAAGAGGCGGUCUUCCUUUCGCGAACGCUAACCUCAUGACUCGUGAGGGUUUCCUCCCUACACUCACUAACUUUGAUCAAUUUGACUCCCCUGCUCAGGCGUUCACUUCCGAGGACGGCGUCCCCAACGCCCGUGGCCGCGUUCUUGGCGGCAGCAGCGCCAUUAAUGCCGGAUUUUAUAGCCGAGCAGAUGAAGAUUUCUACAAAAGAUCCGGGAUCAAUUGGGAUACGCAUGUGGUGCAGCGAUCUUACGAAUGGGUUGAGAAAGCUAUCGUGUUCCAUCCGCAGUUACAGACAUGGCAAACAGCCAUCCGUGACGGAUUAAUUGAAUCCGGCAUCGAACCUUAUAAUGGUUAUACUUUAAAUCACACUUUGGGUACCAAGAUUGGUGGCUCGACGUUUGACAGCUCCGGCCAUCGACACAGCGCCGCUGAUCUUUUAAACAUGGCUAAUUCAUCCAAUAUCAAGGUGGCGAUCUAUGCCACCGUGGAGAGGGUUUUGUUCGCUCCUUCAUAUUCUUUGUUGUCCAGACAGAAUGCUAUCGGAGUUGUGUUUCAUGAUCUAAUCGGCGGCUAUCAUCAUGCAAUGUUACGGAAUAAUGGAGAGGUCAUUCUCUGCACCGGCGCCAUUGGCAGCCCGCAGCUGCUUCUCCUGAGCGGAAUUGGCCCACGCCCUUAUCUUUCUUCUUGGGGGAUACCCGUCGUACGUCAUUCUCCAUACGUCGGAAAUUAUAUGUAUGAUAAUCCUCGCAACGGAAUAUCGAUUGUGUCGCCGGUUCCACUGGAGCAAUCUCUCAUACAGGUGGUGGGCAUCACCGAUUCGGGUGCUUAUGUUGAAGCAGCCUCCAAUAUUAUCGGACCACACUCUUCUGGGACACUUCGAUUGGCGUCCACAGACGUGAGAACCAACCCUAUUGUGCGAUUUAACUACUUCAGUAAUCCGGUGGAUCUAGAAAGAUGUGUGAACGGAACUCGAAAGAUCGGAGCCUUGCUUAGAAGCCGAGCCAUGGAUGAUUUCAAGUUCUGGGAAUGGUCCGGUACGGAUUUCAGAUUCGUGGGUCCUGCAUUGCCGAUUGACCAAUCGAGUAACAUUCUGAUGCGUGACUUCUGUCGCCGGACUGUGAGCACAAUAUGGCAUUACCACGGCGGAUGCGUCGUCGGAAGAGUGGUGGAUCACAAUUUGAGGGUCGCCGGCGUUCAUUCUCUUCGUGUGGUGGAUGGCUCCACUUUUACAGUCUCGCCGGGGACCAAUCCACAGGCUACUUUGUUGAUGCUUGGCAGGUAUAUGGGUUUGACGAUUUUGAAAGAGAGAACACAAAUGCACAACAACUCAACUCAAAAAGCGAGAACACAAAUGCACAAUUCAACCCAUUGAUUUCACCUGCAAAUAUGGGUUUGGUAAUCUUGCAUCGAUUGUUGUGUAAAUAUGUAGUAAACUUGUGUGUUGUUGAUUCAUUCUUUGAAAAACUAUAGAUUGCUUGUUGUAUGUUGGAAGUGGAUUGUAUCCUGAUUCCUGGCCCUAAUUUAGAUGGAGAAACUGGUAAUUCAUUCUUCGCAGGGCCUUGAUAUGCAUGAAGUUGGCAUCGAGUUAUUUG